AUGGCGGCCGCGGCCGCUGGCCCAGCCGUCGGCCCGGCGGGGCCACCUGCCCAGCGGGUGCGCCAGAAGACAACGCCCCAGGACAGCCUCCCCGAGCCCCUCUCGCUCGACGAGGAGGCCGAGCAAAACGCGAAGACAAGCGUCUGGCUGGUCACCUUCACGCGCCCGCUCGCAGAGAGAGCGGGAACUGGGGAACGUCUCGCGGCGCCGGGCUCAAAGACACGGGAGCAGAUGAUGGAGGCCUUCCUGGAUGCUUGCGCGAACCCGGUGCGGCCCCAGCAAGGGCGCGCCGCUGGGCAGACAGCGCUGCCCAGGCUGGCUGCCUACUUCCAGGAGUACCACCGCCCCGACCCAGACAGCCGAGAGCAGCACCAGCACGGGCACCUCGCCGUGAAGUUUGGCGGAAGCGUGCGCUUCCUGCCCAUCAAGAAGGCGCUGCUGGCGCGGCGCGGGCUCGCGUCCCACUGGAAGGGAGGCUUCAGCGGCUACUGGCAACCUGCGCGGCGCCGAGCGUCGCCCUUCCGAUUUGCUCGAACCAGGCCUGGUCGAUUCUGCGACGCGAAGCGCACCGAAUCGGAUCGAUUCGAUCUAUUUGCGCGAGGGCGGAUCGAACCGAGUCGGAUCGAACCGAGUGAUUUGCGCGAGUCGGUUCGAGUGCGGUACUGCGGACUGGCGCCGCCCCCGAAGGAGCCCGCGGCGGCCUUGGACCCGCGCCCAGUGCUCUGGGCCCCGCCUGGCGAGAAGCCUCACCCAGCCAUCCUGGACAGCACGCGCGAGCCGGCGACAGCGGCUGCCAUGACUGCCAGGAGGCUCCGCGCCGACAGCGUCGCAGCGGAGCAGAGGAAGGAGCCAGGUCGCCUGACGGAUGGCGACGUCUGGGCCCUCGCGGCCCGGUCUGGCGCGAGGAACACGCCGGACGACCGCGCCGCGGACCGGCAACUGGCGCUGUUCGCGAAGCAGCGCGCUGGGCAGGCGAUGGUCGAGUACUUGUUCAAUCGCAGGAACACUUUGAACAGCGUCAUCGACGAUAUCUGGGCCUGGGAGGAGAUCGACGACAGCACUGCGCAGCAGUGCCAGGCCACGCGCCUCGAGGCGAAGGCCGCCGCCGCCAGGGGCGACUGCGUCUGCAGGGGCCAGUGGCUGUCCUACGCGACGUCCAGCAUGGUGGCGAACGGUGUCCCCUUGGCGGAGCUCUGCUACGAUAUCCACGUCGCCAUGCAGGCGGGCCGCCCCCCCGCCAUCCCAAUGGUGGUCCUGGCUGGAUCCGUCGGCGGCGAGGGAAAGAGCAUCUUCCUGAGGGCUCUGCUGAACGUCUUCGCGACCCACCGCGCUGUCUCCCCAGCGCCUUCCACGGGCAAUCCCCCUUUGUUGCACCUUCCAGAGGCGAAGGUGUGCUUCUUAGACGAGUACCGGUUUAAUCCAGACAUCGCGUCUUGCCCAUUGCAGCAGCUACGGUUCGACGGGGGCGCAUUGCCGCUGAGCCGGCCCCAGAAUGAAAAAGGGUGUUCUGGGCACUUCUUGCACAAAGGUUCGGCCCCUGUUUUCAUCACGACCACGCUGGCGGACCUAGACGCCCUGGAGGCUGCAGCGCAACCGAACCCCGCGACCGGGAAACCCUUCGACACGGAAGCUUCGAUGCUUAUGCGGCGUUUGAAGAUCUUUCGCUUCAAUGUGAGACAGCCGAAGCCGGCGGCGACUUUGCCGCAUUGCCCGCGUUGUUUCGCCAGGCUUGUCAUUGGGCAGGCCACGGCGUACGCUGCAGCCGCCGCGCCCCCGGCGCCCGUCGCGUGA